CAACAAUGGUAUCGUCCUUCAUAAAAACCUUUCUUCAACACCUUCCUUAGCAUUAUCGAAUCUGAAGAGAAUUCCUUCUCUUCUCUGCUCCUCUCUGGUUACAGGCUUAAAAUCAAUGAUGAAAACCUCAGAUGUGAUGAAAUGUCUUCAAACAUCUCCUAAAUUUUAUAAUUGGAUAUUAGGAAGGUCUCCUUCUCUCUAUUUUAGACUGAACUUUCCUUAUUGGUGUUUGUAAUUGCAAUUGGUUGCUAAUUGUUUCCUGUAGGGGCAAAAAGAAAAGGUCUGGUUUUGAUGGAUGAAUUACCAGACCAGUUAGUUUGGGAGAUCUUAACCAGGAUUAAGAAAACCAAUGACAGAAACUCUUUGUCUUUAGCAUGUAAACGCUUUCAUGAGUUGGAUAAUGAACAAAGACAAUCCAUUCGGGUUGGGUGUGGAUUAGACCCUGCAAAUGAAGCUUUGACUUCACUAUGCAAUAGGUUUCAAAACUUGGCAAAAGUGGAGAUAACUUACUCUGGUUGGAUGUCCAAACUAGGAAAACAAUUGGAUGAUCACGGGCUUCUCAUUCUUGCAAGUUGCUGUCCUCUGACUGAUCUCACCUUAAGCUACUGCACAUUCAUCACUGAUGUGGGUCUCCGUUACUUGGCUUCUUGCUCCAAGCUUUCCGCAUUAAAGCUGAAUUUGACCCCAAGAAUCACGGGUUGUGGCAUAUUAUCUCUUGUUGUGGGCUGUAGAAAUCUUACACUUCUACAUCUUAUCAGAUGCUUGAAUGUUACCAGUGUUGAGUGGCUUGAAUAUCUUGGCAAGCUUGAAACACUUGAGGACCUUUCAAUUAAGAACUGCAGAGCAAUUGGGGAAGGUGAUUUAGUUAAGCUAGGCCCUGGUUGGCAAAAUCUAAAACGGUUGCAAUUUGAAGUGGAUGCUAAUUACCGAUAUAUGAAGGUGUAUGAUAGGUUAGCUGUGGAUCGAUGGCAAAAGCAGUGCAUCCCAUGUGAAAAUAUGCUGGAGCUUAGCUUGGUAAAUUGCAUCAUCAGCCCAGGGAGAGGUCUUGCUUGUGUGUUGGGAAAGUGCAAGAACUUGGAGAAGAUUCACUUAGAUAUGUGUGUUGGAGUAAGGGACUCUGACAUUAUUGGUUUAGCCCAAAGAUCAAGUAAUCUUCGGUUCAUUUCAUUGCGAGUUCCAUCUGAUUUCUCACUGCCUCUUUUGAUGAACAAUGCUUUGAGAUUAACUGAUGAGAGUUUAAAAGCCGUGGCUCAGAACUGUUCAAUGCUUGAAUCAGUUAGGAUAUCUUUUUCUGAUGGAGAUUUUCCUUCAUUUUCUUCAUUUUCAUUAAGUGGAAUACUUUCCUUGAUUAAAAUGUGUCCCGUUCGUGAACUUGCUCUUGACCACGUGUAUUCAUUCAAUGAUGUUGGGAUGGAGGCUCUUUGCUCAGCUCAGUUUCUUGAAAUACUGGAGCUCGUCAGAUGCCAAGAGAUUAGUGAUGAGGGGCUGCAGCUUGUGGGCCAGUUUCCCCGAUUGUGUGUCUUACGAUUAAGUAAGUGUUUGGGGAUUUCUGAUGAUGGCUUAAAGCCACUUGUGGGUUCAUACAAAUUGGAAUUAUUGGCUGUGGAAGAUUGUCCUCAAAUUUCUGAAAGAGGCCUUCAAGGAGCUGCAAAAUCUAUUUCUUUCAGGCAAGACCUGUCUUGGAUGUACUGAUCUUGUUAUCAAGCCUGUUUGGUUUGUACAGUCUUUAUGGAACUCUCACAAGCAUCCACUUAUCGUGACUAACCCAGAAAGGUUUUCUUUUUUUCUUUCUUUUUUUUUGGGUGUGGUUAUAACUUCAACUAUUGAAAGUUGAAAUAUUCAUUGUGAAUGUAAUAUAUGUACUUUCUGUAAUUAAGUUGAUGAUUUUUCUUACUAAAA